AUGGGUUUAUUACGUCAACAUGAAAUUCGUGCUUCACAACAAGUUGCACAACAACAAUCAACUCAAUCACUUGGACGAAUACAAGAAUAUAGUUCAACACCACCACAACAAUCACAACGUAGUGCACAAGCAACAAAUAUGUUUAUAACACGUAUACUUGAUGAAUGUGGACUUGAAAUAAAAAUGGCUGACGAAGAAAAUAUGAAUAACAACGAUGAAUUACAUCUUGAACUUAAAGUCGAUCAAGGUAUAUUGGCCAAACGUUUAUCACAACGUUUACGUUCGUCAUCAAAUACUACUAAUAAUAAUGCAACAACAACAGCAGCAGCAGCAUUACCACCAAUAUCUUUAAAACAAUUUGAAAGUGAAUUAAUAUCCUUCUUUUCCAAUGAUUCUAUAUUUCGUUCAUCUUUACUUCCAACAUCAAGUACCGAUGAUGUUUCACCACUUCGUUCUCAACAACAAGAUAGUCUUAUGCGUAUAUUAUUAUGUGUUGAUGAAUUACAAAUGUUUUUAGCUAAAUAUUUACUUAAACGUCUUGUUCGUUUUGAUAAUAAAGGUGGUGAUCGUGUUGUUGUACAAAAUUUACCAUUAUCAAUGAUACGGCUUAUAUUACAAACAUUUCAUUAUCUUCCAAUAGGAAAAUUAACAAAUGCUAAAGAAUUACUUUAUUUUUAUUUAGAUGUUAUUGAUUUAGUUAUGAAUAAUGAUGUACGUUGUCAAAUGAUAUCACUUGUAACAGAUAUUUUUUGUGAUGAUUAUUUACAAAUGAAUAUAGUUACAAAAUUGGAAGAAAAACUUGAUUCAACUAAUAUUGAUGUUAUUAAACAAGUUUUAUCAACAUUAACAACAAUACAAAUUGAUGAAUCAAUUGAAAGACGUAUACGAGAAAAAAUUAUUCCGAUGAUUAUGACAGGUAUUUUAGAUGUUAAAGUUGAAUGUUUUAAUUAUUUAUUUGAAACAUCAACAAAAAUUAAUAUAUUUGAAACAAUUUUAUUAUUUCGUGAUGUUGCUACUGUAUCUGGUAGAAGACUUUUAUUUCGUACAAUUGAACUAUUAUGGAAUAUACUUGAAGAAGGUACCGAUGAACAAAUUUGUGAUCAAUUGAAUUCACGUGUUACUAUGAGUCUUCUAAAAGAAGCAUUUUUUGGUCAAAUUACGCAAAGUCAUUGUCAAUAUCAUCGUCAAUUAAGAAAUGAUAUUCUUGUUGUUUGUUCUCUUAUUCUUAAUAUUAAUCCUAAUUCUCCAGUCAUUGAAACCGGUUUCGCUAAGCAAUUACUUUUGUUUGCCUCUUAUCCUGAGUUACGUAGUAAUAGUCCAUUAGUAAAAAAUUUUAAAUUAACAACAUAUGAUGAAGAUUUUGAAUUUAAAAAAUUAAUAUUUAAUACAGUUGUUAUACUUAAUCGUAAUCCAAUGAUGAAUGAAUUAGUGACUAAUAGUCGAAUUUUACUUGCUUUGUUAUCUUAUAUUGAACCUUUGCCAAGAAAAAAAGAUCAUGAAACAAAUACAUUUGAAUGGAAAAUAUCACAAUUUGAAGAUCUUCAAUUACAUGCUCUUGCAGUUCUUUCAAUUCUUUUACCAUAUUCAUUAAAUGAAUAUUUUGAAUAUGGUGUUGGUACAAGACUUUUAGUAUUUUAUGAAUGGACAAUAAAUAAUGAGGAAUAUAACAGUGAAGGAAACAGUUUUUUUGCUAAAGGUGGUCGAAAUAAUAAACGAUCACAAUUAAAAUAUAUACUUCGAUUAUUUCGUAGUCUUAUUUCAACAAAAGAUGAACGUAUUUAUAUUGAUUUAUGUGAUCAAGGAAUUAUUUCAUCGAUUACUGGACAUUUGAGAGUUAUGACUCAAAAAACUUCAAUUCAUAUGGAUUAUGUAGAUUUAGAUAUUAUUUGUGAUGGAUUGUUUAUUUUAAGUUGUUUAGGUGAAUUAGAUGUACAUAGAAAAGAAAUCUUUGGUUCUGAAGGUAUCGAAAUGUUAAUUCAAAUACUAUCGAUUGAAUCUCCUUAUGUUUGUGGUGGUCUUGGUUAUCAUCGUUUACUUGUUGCAGCGAUUGAUUGUGUAUGGUGUUGUGUUGUCGGUAGUGUUAUAAAUGAAGACGAAUUUAUUCAAAGACAAGGUGUUUUUGCUCUACUCGAUUUAAUCGAAAUAAAUCCCAAAUCUUUACAAAAUAUCAUUCUUGGUUGUGUAUUAGAUUUAACAGAAAAUACAAAAUGUCUUCAUUUUAUAAUGACAUGGCAAGGGCAUAAACAAGAAUAUUUUACACAUGUACUUUGUGAAUUAUGGCGAGAUGAAGAACGUGAAACUUAUGUUGCUCGGACAGAAAAAGGUGUAAUUAGUGAUCAUACAAAACCAUUAAUGGGUCUUCUUCAACAAUCAGUACCAUUAACACCACUUAAACGUUUUGAACCAUCACGAGCAGUUUUAGAUUUAAUUGAUAAUAUGCGAUCUAAAAUUUACGGAUUUUUUUGUAAAUUAGGUUUUAGUGAAUUACCUGGUUUACACGAGGAGGAUUAUAUUACAAUAUGUAUAAUUGAAAAUUUUCUUGAUUUUAAAAUGGGUGAAAUAUGGCAAGAAAUUAUGAGUGAACUUGAUAUGGAAGGUGUAAAAUUAAUUGCACCAGAUGGUGAAGCAACAGAUACUAUUUUACGAGCAACAGAAGAACGUGCAUUAGCUGUGGUUGCAACACAAAAUUAUAUCUUAGAACAAUAUCAUAAACUUGAUUUACAAUUCGAAAAAGAGUUUUAUAAUGAAUUAGUAAGAAGUCAUACAUUUCAAGAAAAACGACUUGAACAAUGGAAAUCAUUUGUUGCACGUACAUCAAAAUAUCCAUUAUUGAUGGUAGCAAAAGAUUCUCAAAAUCAAGCUAUUCGACAAUCACGACCUGAAGAAAAAGAUUAUUCAGGUUAUCAUACAGUUCAUAAUUUGGAAAUUCCGAAUAUAUCAAUAACAGCUUUUACUGGUCCGUUUUUACAAAUUGAAAGUACACCAAUCGAAUUAUUGAAAAAAAAAUGA